ACUAUAUAUUUUUUGUUUAAUGAUGUUGUGAAGAAGGACUUACUGUUAUGGGGAUUAGCCAAUCAGCGGCUUCGUUUCGGGGUCACAGAGAGAACACAGUUUUAGCGCUAACAGUUUUAGUUUCGUUUUGAGUUGGUUGUGAGAUUGGCCGGUAAACGCAUGGUAGAAUUUCCUGAGGUGAAUAGAUGUCUUCCAUGUCAAUAUCUGUGCAUGUGUGCGUUCAGAGACAUAACCACACACACCUACUGUACGUACAUGAAGACAGAUAAUCCUCUGCUGAGUGUCAAUAAAACCAUCGAAGAGAUUUACAGCAUCCAAUUGCAUUCUUAUCGAUGCACCACAGUGGUCACUUGUCCCCAACUAGCUACAGUUACAGUCCUAGCUAUCAAGUCGUCAUUACAAAAUUGGUCCUUCGAGCCGGAUUCAGUUUGUGACCGCUGUGCGUGAGGAUGUUCCCAUAUGCGAGAGAGGAGGCAACGCCACUUACUGAUACCCGCCCGAGACGUCAGAUACGUCCGCCAGCCUGGUUUGCUGAUUAUGAAGUCUCCCUGCCUGUUGUGGAGAGACCCUCCCCGGCUGCAGCACUCUCCUCGCAGCCCCCCCAUCAGAUGCAGGAGCCUUACUAUGGUGGUGACAGGAUCGAUCAGCUGUUAACAUGCACCUCCCAGCUUUAUGAUCAGUGGAAUCAGACUGGUGCUCGCCCUAAGUAUCCCAGAGAUUCAGCGUUCUCAGGACCCCAAUAUCAGAGCACCCCAGACCCACUGUCUCACAGAGUAAACUCAGGGGCUUCACCUGAAAUAUUAGAUGAGCUGCAAAAGAUUAGGGAGGAUAACCGAAGACUUCAACUUAUCAUAAUGGAGAUGCAAACACAGCUUAGUUCAAGAAGAGGCCCAGAUCCAUCACAACACACUGCGCUCUCCCCCGAGGAGCGCAGCCCGCACGCGCAGUCGGGAGUGCUCGCUUCAUCCAUUAGCUCACCAAGGCCCACAACACAAGUUACGGUCCAUAACACAUUAGCACCUGUCCAGGUACCCAGUGAAGUAGAAGUGGAUGAUGAAGACUGGCCCCUCCCCCCCCCUCCAGUGGCAGAUGAUGAGGAGAAGCCACAGCUAUCCACUACCACACUGUCCACAGAGUUAGUAGCAGAACUAAUGACAUGCCUUAAGAAGAUGGGGAUCACUCAAGAUCAGCUUCCUGGAAUGCCGGCAUUUGGCAAUGAUAAUCGGGUUGCAUCUGGUCAGAUGGGGAGGUCACACCAACCAACGGAUCCACAAGUCCGUCCACAGAUAUCACCCCCUUUAGUUCCUCAUGAGCCAGGCGUAGCUAAUGAAACGAGACACGAGGACUCUCACAAUCGCCGAGCAACAGAGUACAUAUAUCGGGGUCCUCAACCCACCAUCCCAGACUUUAAUAGAGGGGACCCUCGUGAGUUUGCUAGGCUGAAGACCUCCCUGGAAAAUCUACUCCCCCAUGAUGCUACGGAGAGGUUUAAAUAUCAGAUUUUAGUUGAUCAUCUCAAAUUUGAAGAAGCGCUCCUUAUCGCAGAUUCAUACACCAACUCUACACAACCCUACACUGACACUAUGGCCUCAUUAACCGAGCAUUAUGGGCAACCUCACCAGCUAGCAUUAAGGCGCAUUGCAGACCUGAUGGAGGCGCCUAACAUUCGUAGUCAGGACAUCACUGCCUUUAAAGGAUUUGCUCUCAGGGUGAGAGCCUUGGUUGGCAUGCUCGACCAGCUUGGAGAGAAAGGUCAUAUUGAGCUUCAGUGUGGGUCUCAUGUCACUAGGCUUAUGUCCAAGCUUCCACAAGAUCUGCGGUCUGGGUUUAUGAGAUACCUACAUCCCCUCAGCAUCCGUGUCCCUACGCUAUUAGACUUCGCCCGCUGGCUGGAGUUUGAGCUGCAGAUUCAGGAGUAUGGAUAUGAGUCCCGACCCCAAGAGAACCCAGACAGUAAGAGGGAUAGACGGAAGGACUCAAAGUUUGGCAGGCUAACCACAGUCCUCCAUGGAGCUGAACAAUCUUCUAGUUGCCCGACUGUCCCAGUAUUCUCAUCUACCAGUGCCAAUCCACAAGGCAAAGUCGCCCUACCCUGCCCAUACUGUACCGACGCCCUGCAUUAUCUGAACCAGUGCACUAACUUCAGCCGGUUAACCACUGAGCAGCGGAGAGACUGGGUUAAGAAAAACAGGCGGUGCUGGCGUUGUGGUCGUUGUCACCAGGCCGCACAGUGCAAACUUAAGGCCAGGUGCAAGAAUUGUAAUGGCAGACAUCUGGAAGCUCUCCAUGACCUUAACUUUAGACCAGCCAUAGUGACACCAGCCACAGAGAACACAUCAUGCUUAGUGAGUACUGCUAAUGAAGUUCUCUAUCUUGAUAGGCCGUCUGGCAGCAGUCAGGUGCUCCUAAAGGUGACAAAGGUUGUGCUACACAAUGGACAGCAUGCCAUGGAGACCUACGCGAUACUGGAUGAUGGGUCAGAGCGCACGAUGCUACUUCCAGCCACCGCUAAGGAGCUUAAACUUAAAGGGGAGUCAGAGAACCUUGCUUUAAGGACGGUGCGCCAGGAUCUUAGGGUUCUACAAGGAAUGUCGGUCUCAUUCUCAAUUUCUCCUGCUAGGCACCCCCAAAAGACUUACAAGAUCCGGAGAGCCUUUACUGCUGAUCAAUUGGGCCUUGCAGAGCAUUCACAACCGGUGAAGACUCUUCAGCGCAAAUAUAAGCACCUGAGGGGACUUCCUUUGCAAACACUGGAAUGCGUUCACCCCAUGGUCCUCAUUGGGUCAGACUAUACGCACCUGAUCACCCCAGUAGAGCCGGUUCGUAUGGGUCCACCUGGCGGACCAGCUGCUGUAAAGACCAAGUUGGGCUGGACUAUUCAGGGCCCAACCAAGAUCAUCCGACAGCAUCUUCAGCCGCAGCAGUGUCUGCAUAUAUCCACACAGUCACCCUCUGCAGAGCUCCUUUAUCACGUGGAGAAACUAUGGAAAAUGGAUGUACUUCCGUUCAGGAGUGAGAAGGUAGUGGUCCGCUCAAAGCAAGAUCAAGAGGCAGUUCACAUGCUGGAAACCAAGACAGUGAGGGUGGAAGUCGACGGAGUACAUCGUUACGCCACCCCCUUGCUUCGUGUUAAUAACAUGCCGUGUCUCCACGCCCCCAAAGAUGCUGUACUGGCGAGUCUGCGGAGCACUGAGAGACGUCUGAUGAAAGACCCAACACGAGCAUCAGCCUAUGCAGCAGAGAUCCUGAAAUUGGAACAGGCGGGGUACGUGAAGAAGGUAGCAGAGGAAGAUCUGAGCACAUCAAGAGAGUCCUGGUUUAUACCUCACCACAUGGUGAGUCAUAAUGGAAAAAACAGGCUUGUAUUUAACUGCUCCUUUGUAUACAAGGGCUACAACCUAAAUGAGCUUCUACUGCCAGGCCCCACAUUGACCUCCAGCCUGCUAGGUGUCCUGUUGAGAUUCAGGGAGCAUGUUGUUGCUAUAAGCAGCGACAUAAAAGGCAUGUUCCAUCAGAUCAGGUUACUGCCAGAAGACAGAUCUCUGCUUCGUUUCGUGUGGAGGGACAUGAAUAAAGAGGCACCACCCGGCGUCUAUGAGUGGCAGGUCCUCCCCUUUGGAACAACAUGCAGCCCCUGCUGUGCAACGUUUGCACUGCAGAAGCAUGUGACAGACCACAGCCAGCUAGAGGAGGAUGUUCGGGUGGCCGUCGAGCGCCACUUUUAUGUGGAUAACCACUUACAGAGCCUCUCCUCCUCUACAGCAGCAAGACAGCUGGUUGACAAAUUGAAUAGGUUAUUGGCCUCAGGGGGGUUUGAGCUGCGUCAGUGGGCUAGUAAUGUUCCCGAAGUUAUCAGUCACCUUCCUAAAGGAGCAAGAUCCCAGAACAGCGAGUUAUGGCUCACAGAGUCAAUGGAGGAUCCACAGGAGCUUGCACUUGGACUCAGAUGGCUUUGCGCCUCAGACACUCUGGCCUACAAGUGUAACGUCACUGACCGUCCCACACCGACUAUGAGGAACAUCUAUAGUACACUGGCACGGCUUUUUGAUCCGCUAGGCUUUCUCGUUCCCUUCGCCACGCGGGCCAAAAUCAUUGUGCAGCACCUAUGGAACAAAGAGAGGGAGUGGGAUGACCCGUCGCUGCCAGAUGAUGCCCUCAAGGCCUGGCUAACUUGGGAGAAUGAGCUGCAACACCUUCCAGAGAUUGUCUUGCCACGGUGCUACACAAGUCCCCCUCUGGACCACCCCAGUUCUGUCAGAAGCCUUCAUAUAUUCUGUGACGCAUCUGAGAAAGCUUACGGUUCAGUUGCGUACCUUCGUACAGAGGGUUCAGGUGGUAAGGUGGAGGUGGCCUUUCUGACUGCACGGUCGAGAGUGUCCCCCAAGCGCCAACAGUCGAUACCUCGAUUAGAGCUGUGUGCAGCGAUGACUGGAGCUCAGCUAGCAGUGCUGUUGCAGCGUGAACUAACCCUGGUACUACAUGGAGUGGUGCUUUGGACAGACUCCACCACAGUUCUAACGUGGCUUCAGUCAGACUCUUGCAGGUUUAAGGUGUUUGUGGGCACCAGAGUCGCUGAGAUCCAGGAGCUGACUGAUGCUCAAGCAUGGAGGUAUGUGGAUUCUGAAAGUAAUCCGGCAGAUGACAUUACACGCGGGAAGACCCUGAGGGAGCUGGCAGGAGAGAGCCGGUGGAACCAUGGCCCAGCCUUUUUGCGCCUGUCACCUCAGCAAUGGCCUACUAAGCCACAGGCUGAGCAGUUGGAUGCCACAGAGCUUCGCAAGGCCACAUUUUGCGGCUCCAUCAUCACCGUUCCUCUUCCACCCUUAUUUGAUGCCAGCCAAUUCAAUGGUUUCAGGGACAUGAUCGAGGCAAUUGUGAGGUUCCGCCAUGGGGCGGCAGGUAGUCAGUCAAUGCCAUCUGCACGAGACUAUCAGGAUGCUGAGAUAGACCUACUGAGACGAGUUCAGUUAGACUGCUUUGAGGAAGACUUUCAACACCUUUCAGAAAGAAAACCCGUCCCUUCCACCAGCCGUUUGAUUACAUUAGCUCCUGAAUAUGAUGAUCAACUGAAGCUGAUUCGGGUUGGAGGCAGACUGCGUCGGACUACCUUGCUGGACACAGAAGCCAUUCAUCCCAUAGUUCUGGAUCCAGCUCACCAGGUGUCUAAACUUAUCAUUCAAGAUGCUGACCGAGACCUCCAUCAUCCAGGCUCAGAGCGAUUAUUUGCAGAACUUCGCAGACGAUACUGGAUUCUUCGUGGAAGAGAAGCUGUGAAGCGGCACCAGUUCUCCUGUCCUGAUUGUCGGAGAUGGAGAGCGAAGCCUGCAGUGCCACAAAUGGCAGACUUACCUCCCGCCCGUUUGCGGUUGAUGAAGCCUCCUUACUUCUCUACCGGAAUGGAUUGUUUCGGGCCCUUCACGGUCAAAAUCGGACGGCGUAAUGAGAAACGUUGGGGUAUACUAUUUAAGUGCCUCACUACCCGAGCAGUCCAUAUCGACGUACUGACUAGUCUCGACCAGGAUUCCUUCCUGAUGGCCCUCCGCAGAUUUAUCUCACGCAGGGGAAAACCAGCGGAGCUUCUGUCGGAUCAGGGCACGAAUUUCAGAGGAGGUGAGAGGGAAAUCCAUGAGUCUUUCAAGGCACUGCACCCCACUUUACAGGCAGAACUGGCCAAACAUCAGAUCCAGUUUAGAUUUAACCCUCCAAGUGCCCCUCACUUUGGUGGUGCAUGGGAGAGGGAAAUUAAAUCUAUCAAAGCUGCCCUGUAUGCAACAAUUCAGAUGCAGACGGUGACAGAAGAAGUCCUGCGCACGGUCCUGAUUGAGAUCGAGGGCAUCCUAAACUCUAAGCCCUUGGGGUAUGUGUCCAGUGACGUCGCGGACCCUGAUCCAGUAACCCCCAAUUUGCUUGUGAUGGGGCGGCCCGACCCCUCACUGCCCCAGGUGUUGUAUCCUGAGUCCGAGCUGUUGAGCCGCCGCCGCUGGAGGCAUACACAGGUCCUUGCCGACCAAUUUUGGAGGGCAUUUAUCAGGCACUAUCUGCCGGCCCUGCAAACGCGCACCAAGUGGCAGAAAGAUGUGGCCCCAUUACAACCUGGUACUGUCGUCAUGAUCAUUGAUCCGCAGCUCCCGAGGGCGCUCUGGCCUAUUGGUCGCAUCACAAAGGUUAUCCCAGGUGCAGAUGGGAGGAUAAGGACAGCGGAGAUCCAGGUGAACGACAGGAAAUACAUCAGGCCAGUUGCCCGUCUUGUUCAACUUCCUGCCAUACCUGAGACAGCACCUGAGACCAACAGUCCUUCUAUGGGACAGCAAAUUUGACUGUGCAAAUUUGGGGGCGGCUGUGAAGAAGGACUUACUGUUAUGGGGAUUAGCCAAUCAGCGGCUUCGUUUCGGGGUCACAGAGAGAACACAGUUUUAGCGCUAACAGUUUUAGUUUCGUUUUGAGUUGGUUGUGAGAUUGGCCGGUAAACGCAUGGUAGAAUUUCCUGAGGUGAAUAGAUGUCUUCCAUGUCAAUAUCUGUGCAUGUGUGCGUUCAGAGACAUAACCACACACACCUACUGUACGUACAUGAAGACAGAUAAUCCUCUGCUGAGUGUCAAUAAAACCAUCGAAGAGAUUUACAGCAUCCAAUUGCAUUCUUAUCGAUGCACCACAGUGGUCACUUGUCCCCAACUAGCUACAGUUACAGUCCUAGCUAUCAAGUCGUCAUUACAGAUGUUAUCGUGCACAUUUUAUCU